UGUGUGCAAACGGGCCACGCCUCGGCGACAGCAGCUGUCAGAGACGCGCGGGGGUCCUGAGGGCUGGGAAUUGGCUGCACUCGUUGACCCCCAGUCUCAGUCCGCACUCUGCGAGAAAACCCCGGCUUUGCCGAGGCCCCAGGUAUAGCGGGGUUCGGCAAAGGAGGCACCUUUCUCGGCCCCCAGCCCAAUCCCAGCGCCCCUAGCUCGGACGACGUCUAGAGGCCCCAGAGUGGGUGCUCAAGCUCCCAGAGCAGCAGGUGUCCAGGCGAGGUCUCCGAUUUCCUGGAGACGUCUUGCCCUCCAUAGAGGCCCCGGCCCGAUUUCGGAGCCGUCCAUCCCGCGCCGCUGGAAACCGCGCCACCUCGCAGCAUGGCCACCACCCUCGGUGCCGACGCUCCCCUGCAGCCGAGUGCGCUGCCGUCCCAGCAGACCACGCUCCUGCUGCUCCUUUCGGUGCUGGCCGCCGUGCACGUGGGCCAGUGGCUGUUGCGGCAGCGGCGGCGGCAGCCGGGGUCCGCGCCGCCGGGCCCGUUUGCGUGGCCGCUGAUCGGAAACGCGGCGGCGAUGGGUCCGGCGCCGCACCUCUCGUUCGCGCGCCUGGCGCGGCGCUACGGCGACGUCUUCCAGAUCCGCCUGGGCAACUGCCCGGUGGUGGUGCUGAACGGCGAGCGCGCCAUCCGCCAGGCGCUGGUGCAGCAGGGCGCCGCCUUCGCCGACCGGCCGCGCUUCGCUUCCUUCCGCGUGGUGUCCGGCGGCCGCAGCCUGGCUUUCGGCCCGUACUCCCAGAGCUGGAAGGUGCAGCGGCGCGCGGCGCACAGCACCAUGCGGGCCUUCUCCACGCGCCAGCCGCGCAGCCGGCGCGUCCUCGAGGGCCACGUGCUGGGCGAGGCGCGGGAGCUGGUGGCGCUGCUGGUGCGCGGCAGCGCGGGCGGCGCCUUCGUGGACCCGCGGCCCCUGACCGUGGUGGCCGUGGCGAACGUCAUGAGCGCCGUGUGCUUCGGUUGCCGCUACAGCCACGACGACGCCGAGUUCCGCGAGCUGCUCAGCCACAACCAGAAGUUCGGGCGCACGGUGGGCGCGGGCAGCUUGGUGGACGUGCUGCCCUGGCUGCAGCGCUUCCCCAACCCCGUGCGCACCGCCUUCCGCGAGUUCGAGCAGCUCAACCGCAACUUCAGCAACUUCGUCCUCGACAAGUUCCUGAGGCACCGCGAAAGCCUGCAGCCCGGGGCCGGCCCGCGCGACAUGAUGGACGCCUUCAUCAUCUCCGCGGGAACCGAGGCGGCGGAGGGCUCGGAGGACGGCGGCGCGCGGCUGGACCUGGAGUACGUGCCGGCCACUGUCACCGACAUCUUCGGCGCCAGCCAGGACACGCUCUCCACCGCGCUGCAGUGGCUGCUCGUCCUUUUCACCAGGUAUCCUGAAGUGCAGGCUCGGGUCCAGGCCGAACUGGAUCAAGUCGUGGGUAGAGACCGGCUACCCUGCCUGGAUGACCAGCCCAACCUGCCCUACGUCAUGGCCUUUCUUUAUGAAGCCAUGCGCUUCUCCAGCUUCGUGCCCGUCACCAUUCCUCAUGCCACCACCACCAGCGCCUCUGUCUUGGGCUACCACAUUCCCAAGGACACGGUGGUUUUUGUUAACCAGUGGUCUGUGAAUCAUGACCCAGUGAAGUGGUCUAAUCCAGAGGACUUUGAUCCGGGCCGGUUCUUGGACAAAGACGGCUUCAUCGACAAGGACCUGGCCAGCAGCGUGAUGAUUUUUUCCGUGGGCAAACGGCGGUGCAUUGGGGAAGAGCUUUCCAAGAUGCAGCUGUUUCUCUUCAUUUCCAUCCUGGCUCAUGAGUGCAAUUUCAAGGCCAAUCCAGAUGAACCCUCGAAGAUAGAUUUUAAUUACGGUCUGACCAUUAAACCCAAGUCAUUUCGGAUCAACGUCACUCUCAGAGAGUCCAUGGAGCUCCUCGAUAGUGCUGUCCAAAAGUUUCAAGCCGAGGAGGACUGCCAGUGAGAAGCCACAAGGACGCGAGCUCGAAUUUUAGAAGUACUCAAGUGGGGGGGGUAUGGGGAGUAGACUUUGCUAACUCCUUGCGCCACUUUCUCAGUUAGCCUCUAGAGUGAGCAUAAAUCAACCGACCGGCAGAUGAUGUGCUUCACACAUGUGCUCAGAGGAGCACUGGGCUAUGAAGGAGCUCCUGGAAGGGUUUUGGAGCCAAAGAAUUAAAGGGUCCAAAGAAUUUUUACACAAUGAUGAGUGCUGGAAAUAGUAUCUUGGAGGGAGCAUCCUUGGGAGUUGAAACCCACAUGUGUGCACAUGCAAAUGAGUGAAUGAAGAAGAGUUUCAGUGACCAUGCCUCCGUGGGUGGGGUCCGAGAUGGAUGUUCCGCUGCUGAAAUCUGCUCCGUAGGAAAAUCGUAGUAAGCAAAGUUUCAGAAUAUAUUGUUGAAUAUGCAAAGGCAAAUAAUUUCAGUGUAAGACAUGGGAUUGAGGGUGAUAGGGGAAAAGGGUAAAGACCAGAAAUUCCUUUCUCACCUCUUCAAUAAAAAAUAGUUUAGGGAGGCUGUAGUAUCUACAUGGAUGGAUUUGUCUUUUUGCCUAGGGAUAUGCUUUCUCUUUUUUUUGCAUAAAUCAUAAAGUCAUUUGCUUAUAAAGAAAUUAAUAGUAUGGUUGAUUCAGUGAUUAUAGUAGGCUUCAAUGAUUUAUCAGGAAUUUUAAAGUGUAAGUUGUUAAAUUGUAAAAAAAUUCUAAGCCGAAGUCAUAUCUUUGUUGUUGCCAAAGUAUAGAAUUUCAAUGAUGAGAAAAAAAAAGAUUUACUGGCCCAGCUAAGCUUUAUAGUAUAUGAUAAUAAUGCAUUAAUUUCAGGAAGUUUCAUAGGUUAAAAAAGUCACCAAAUACUAGUCAAUAUAUUUAUAUUAUAAUUAUCAUAAGCAAUAUGUAUUAGUUAGUAGAUUAUUAAAUAGUAUUAGCUGUUUUGGUUAAGAAAAGUUUGAAUAAUGUACAUCUUUCCAAAAGAAAGACAAAUGAAAAAGUAUAAUUCAACCAAUUUGGGCUCAAAUACGUGAAAUGAGCCUAUUUUAACAUGAUGGAAACCAAGGUAAAGCAAAGUCCAUUCUCUCAUCUGCAACUUGAAUGAGAACUAAAAAGUCUCAAAUUGGAUCUCUAAGAUGUGUUCCUUAUUACUUUACAAGAUAUUUUCUAAAAUUAUAUUCACAAUCUAGAAUCUUCUUGUGAAAUGAAGUUAAUAUGUUAUAAUUCCAAACUCUUGGCAUGCUUAAAUUUUAAUUAGAUUUUAGAGCCAUUCUGAUUGUUGAGUUCCAGUUGAAGUUACUGGAAAUCUAACCAUUAGCCUGGGCAAGGCAGAGAAAUUUAACCUGUGUCUGCCUGAUGAGUAGGGGAAAAUGCAAUGAAUUAUCUAGAUGUUCUCUUUAUUAGAGAACCAGGGGGGAGAUUCCCAUCAUAAUAGGCCUAGUUUCUUAAAUGAUUUUUUAAAAAUAGUGUUCAUGUCUGUGUUUUGGAAAGUCAGAAUCAGAAGGUAGUGUUAGAAGGCUGUUUUGAAGAUUGCAUCAUGUUCCAUUGGAGCCCAUCAGAUCGGGCAUGCUGUUCAGGAUGGCCGGCCUGGUGAGCAGUCACUUUGGUAACUGUGAAAACAUGAGGCCUGAAUGAAAUACGUAUGUUCCAUUUAUGUAAAGAGCCUGAAAACCUUAAAAAACACACACACACAAAAUGCAUUAUAGAAGAUGGUGAAAGUUCAAAGUAAAGGUUGGAGCUUUAACUUCAUUGCAUGUGAACUUGCAGAGGAAGGUAUACCAUGUCCUGAAAGCUUACUGCUUCUUACAUUCUGUUAAGCUUUUUGGAAUCUUUUAAUCAAAAUUACAAAGGGAAGAGUGACGGCUGUGCGUAGGGGUGGUGAGAAAAAAAGAGAGGAAAAGGAAGAAAUAUGGUUAAACUUUUCCCCACUCAUUCCAAAUUAAUUCAUCUGAAGCACAAAAUUUGAAAUACGAACAUUUAGAAAAAUGUUUCGUGGGCCAACGUUAAAUCCUAACUAGACUUAAAAAAAAAUCUACAACACAGACAGUCUAUUUUGUAAUUUGGAAUUCUUUUAUUAAUAAACAUUUCGUAUAAUUUUAAUCAAUAGGAUCUCAUAGCUCUACCUCUUGAGUAUGUAGAACUGUGCCAGUAUUUUUAAAGGCACUAAAGCCAACUGUAGAAAUCGGGCUUAGUCAGUACAUUUAAAUUUUUUUGUCACCAGCUAUUCGAAAACGUGAUUACCCUCCACCCCUAAGCAGGGCCGAGACAGGAAUUAGGCUGCCCUAGCCCACUUACUCUGAGACAUGUGUGGUACCAAGAGUAAUCAUGUACCAAUCUGGAUGCAUCAUUAAGUCAUCCAAGUCCAGAUGUGCUAGAAUCUGUACGGAUGUAGGCUCAGUUCGUCUGGGGCUUCUGGCAAUGGAAAAGCUGUGCUUAUAUAGGAAGUGAGGUGGGCUCUUGGAGGCUACCUGGCUUAUUUAAAUACAACUAGAUUAUUCUAUAUUUUAUAAUCUAGUUAAAGAAAGAAAAUCAAAACCCAAAACAGACAAAUACAAAUAACCAAACUUGGAGGCUACAAUAAUCCAGCUACUGGUUUAAUCAGAAAACCUUAUUUUAUUUCUUCCAGAGAAAGAAUGUAUUUGCUGGUCACUGUUGUAGUCAGAAUAUCUACUCCAGGUUAUGAUGAUAGUUAAAAUGUAUUGUUUCUUAAAUGCUUCCUUUAUAUACUGAAGCUUUGACUUUGCAAGAAGAUUACUUUUUUCCAAACAAAAAGAUGUCUCAGGUUUGUUUUGUGGGUUUAUCUGAAAGCUUUUUUUUAUUUUUCUCUGAAAGCUUUCAUGUCUCAGAACUUAGCCUUCACCUGUGAAAUGCUAUUAUGUCCUUAAUAUUUCCUUAUUAGAUCUAUAUUAGAUCAAGUAGUUGCAUAGCAUUUAUAUUAAUUUGUAUGUUCUUAGCUAUGACACACUGUGUGGUACUUUAGUAGAUGUUUAUAGCUCAACGAUAACUUUUUAUUUAACCUUUUCUUAUUGUAUUUUAUCAUGUUUGCUUUUAACAUGUACAGAGCAACUAUCAUACAUAGUUGUAACUGAAAUACAUUUUGGUGACACAGUGUUAACAUGUAUCUUUUUACUGUUCGAUAUACCAGAUUAAAAACAUUCUGUAUCUGUAAUUACCUAUAACUGGACACCAUUACCAAAAUAAUAAAAAUCACUUUCAUAA